AGCGUGUUCGUUUCUGGAAUCGAAACCUGAAAUCUCACGAAAGCAAGGAAGUCGGAGAAGAAAGUCCACGACAUGAUGGACGCCGCCCGGAAGAGAGCUCAGCGUCGAGCAAUCUAUGUGGCGAAGCGGCGGGGCGACCCCCGGCAAUAUAUCCAAGCCGUCGGAACCCGCUGUCGCAUCUACCGCGAUGAUGCCCUCUAUCAAGCGACGGAGGAUGAGCAGGGAAUGAUACCUUGGAAUGGCACGCAAGACAUUCUGAUUGACAGUUCCCGGAGUUUUUGUGCUCUUCUCAUAGGUUGAGGCAGGUUUUUGCAAAUUAUACCACUUGUACCUUUUGUGGAGGUGAUGAGGAAGAACUUUACCACUUAUAUCUCCGUUCACAAUCACAACCACUAUAACCAUCUUCUCCCUCAAGUUAGAGACAGGAAUGACUUUGUGAGCAUACUAGCCGGUCGUAAGUCCAAGGUAAUUUUACAGCAAUUCUAGCACAUCAACUCUAUAUAUGUUCUAUCGCAAUUACCUAUAAGAUCACCUUUUUAAAACGUGUCCACAGACAACCUCAGUGUAUACUUAUAUAAUCACAGCAUCAGAAUUAUAUUUGAUUACCCACAUUCACAAACAAAUUUAGUGAAAAAGGAAAGUGCCUUUGUCACUGUUUACAAUUAUAGUGGAUAAAUCUAAUAGUUUAAAUAAUAAAACUGAAAACAAGUUAUUUGAAACACGCAUCUAUGUAAGCAUGCAGUUCUUCAUGUACAUAUUUCCUAUCCUAUGUAUAGUAUAAUGAAAGUGCCGAAAGAUGCCAUGGUUUUUCUAUUUGUAUAUGGUUAAAAUAUAGUUAUUGACAAUUUUGAUAGCAGCAACAACAACAACAACAUUACCCCAGUGCCUCAAUGGCUCUCGCCCAUUGCGGGGUAAGGGGAGGUCAAAUGUACGCAGUCUGACCCCUAUGUUUAAAACAUAGAGCAGCUGUUUCUAGAUGACCCAUGAUGAGCGCCGAAAGUUGCAUUGACUAAGUGGGUACUUCACAAUUGCAAGAAGCGUAUUCAGUUUAAAGAACUAAUUUGCUUUAUUCCAUCAUACCCCAAAGCCAAAAACUAGUGAACCU